AUGGCAGCGCCAAGAGCCCUGCCUGCUGGCUUUGGAGAACUCGAGGUGCUGGCUGUGGGAACAGUGCUGCUGAUGGAAGCGCUCUCUGGUCUCAGCCUCAAUGGCCUGACCAUCUUCUCUUUCUGCAAGACUCCAGAUCUGCGGACUCCCAGCAACCUGCUGGUACUGAGCCUGGCCCUGGCCGACAGUGGGAUCAGCCUGAAUGCCCUUGUUGCAGCUGUAUCCAGCCUCCUCCGGCGCUGGCCAUAUGGUUCAGAGGGCUGCCAGGCUCAUGGUUUCCAGGGUUUUGCAACGGCACUGGCCAGCAUCUGUGGUAGUGCAGCCAUUGCCUGGGGUCGCUACCACCACUACUGCACCCGUAGACAAUUGGCAUGGAACACAGCCAUCCCCCUGGUGAUGUUUGUGUGGCUAUCAUCUGCCUUCUGGGCAUCCCUGCCUCUGAUGGGCUGGGGCCACUAUAACUAUGAGCCUUUGGGGACAUGCUGUACAUUGGACUAUUCUAGACGUGACAGAAACAUCAUCAGUUUCCUCUUCAUCAUGGCCUUUUUCAACUUCGUUGUACCCCUCUUCAUCACACUCACUUCCUACCAGCUCAUGGAACACAAAUUCUCCAGGAGUGGUCAUCUCCAGGUGAACACCACUCUGCCAGGCAGGAUUCUGCUGCUGGGUUGGGGCCCCUAUGCCCUGCUGUACCUAUAUGCAGCCAUCGCAGAUGUGAGCUUCAUUUCUCCCAAACUACAGAUGGUACCCGCCCUCAUUUCCAAAACCAUGCCCACAAUCAACGCCAUCAACUAUGCCUUGCACAGUGAGAUGGUCUAUAGAGGAAUCUGGCAGUGCCUAUCUCCACAGAAGAUCAAGCAGAACUGAACCCAGUAAGAUUCCUCAAAAGGCUGAUCACAAUCAAGUCUGGAUUGAGCCCCUGGCCAAGAAGAUGCCCUACCAUACUCCUGAACAGUCCCAGAGCCAUGCCAGAUGCUUAUCCACUAGCCUCAAGAGUCCUGUUGAGUCCAACAUUAGGCUGGACACAGAUAAUAGGUUCCAUGGAAGGAGUACUGGUCACAGCCCUCUACAUAUAGACUAAGAGGCCCUGGAAAGGUAACUCCUUCCAACCUCAGUUAUCUGAACCCCAGAGUAAAGAUGUCAUUAUGAACCUACAAGGAUGCUAUAUGGUUGAACAAGCUAACAUAUGCUCACCAAGCAGAUAAAAUAUUUACUGAAAUGAGCUACUGAUUUGAAUCUUGGCUGUGCCCUAUAUGAACCAAGUCAUACAAUAAAAGGAGACAAAGCCCUGGGAAUGGUUUUUUGGGAACUCAUCUGAGGUUGCCAAUUUUCAAAUAGCACUUACUAAGUUGUAAUGGCAUUGAUGACUUAUUCUGUCCCUUGUUCCAUGUCCCUUGUGGUGAGAUAAGAUGACAAUAAUGAUGAUUUGACCAUACAGAUUGAAGCAGAACACACAGGUUAUGUACUCCCUAAAUCAGCCACCAGCACCAGCAUUCAACAUGAGCCCUUGGUUAUAUGAGAUUUGGAUUAAAGAUUGCUUUUAAAUGGUUUCAAAUAUUGGA